CGUACAGCUCUUCUUUAGGUCCUGCUUCAGGUAAGUUAAGAAUAUCGCUGUAGACCUUCUGCAUCAGUUUGUAACGAGUGGAGCCAGGAAAAUGACUCGAAAACGGGUCGUGGGUAAGAUUGGUGACCGGACACGUGGUGCAGACCGUUGGGCGAGACUGCGGUUUCAUCUCCGUGCCGUCAGAUAAAAGUCGGCGUUAGUAUAAAAUGAAGAAAUGAUGAAAGGAGAAAGAGCUGGAGACAUGUCAAUCUCCCCUUCGACGAAACGGUUUGAUGGCAGAUGGUCCUGCGACAGCUACUGGAAGACUCGGCUGCUCGGCGACUUCUUCUUUCACGGCUUCCUCGACGACUUCGGGUUCAUCAGCUGCAAGUCCACUGAUUUCUCCCCAAAGUGGAGCUGGAGUUCCUUGGAAGGCUGCACGGGUGUUAUAGAAGGUUCGCCAAGCAUUGGCGCCUUCAUCGGCGGUAUUAAACUCCCAAGUAUCCAGUGCGGGACCGAGACCAAGGACGCGUUCAGAAUCACCAGAGGUGCCCUGUGCUGUGAACUGAAGAACUGAUACUCCAUGUUGAGUAGCAGCGCGACCGAGGAGUUGAGCUGUGGAGAGAAGAUUGAAACCAAGGCUGGCGACGAUAGGAACAUUGGUAACGUCGGAGCACAUGUGCCAACCGCAACAGCUGUCGAGAUACCAAGUAUUGGGUCCUGAAAUGACUCGAGCAAGGUUAGCGUAAACUUGCGAUGCAAAGACCGGAGGACGAUGCUGUGAUGGCGGUGUACUCUGCGGCAUCUGCUGCGUCUGGGACGUCGACUGCUGCAUUUGCUGAUGUGGCUUCGGUAACUGCUGCGAACGAUGAUAUGGUUGCGAAGUGCUGCGACGGUUUUGACAACGACUGCGACAAGUUUGGUCAAGAUCUUGCUGUUCCGCUUGAAGAUACGACGAAAUUUCGGUUUCUGAGAGGUUCGGAUUCAUGCGCAAGAAGGCGCGCGUCUGUCGCCACUCGGGACCAAGUCCAGCAAGAAGGACCAUGAGAUACAUCUCACGAGGGAAGUAUCCUCCACUCUUCUCCAGUUGAUCUUGUAGUGUGCGAACACGAUUGACGUUCCGAACUAGAACCGUAUACGCCCCGAGAGAGGCGUGCAGGAAACUCUGUUGCUCCAGUUGUGUUCCCAUGACAGGAUACGUAAACUCGCCGGUGAAGAACGGCCAUAGCCCAGCGAACUGCGCCAGAAGCU